AUAUCGAUGAAGUUUUGCUUCCCCAUCAUGCACCAUUUCAAUUUGCGAUUGGUUGCUUGUUUUUUCAAUUUCCGGUUAUCUUCCCAUCUCUUUGUUGGAAAUGGCAACAGCAAUACUUCGCUCUCAAGAUUGUCUUCGAGGUCGGUUUGGCCGCGAAGCCUUAGCCCUAACGGCAUCGCCUGUCAGAUCCCGAAGAAACCCUAACCCUAACCCUAUUCCAAUUCCUAACUCUCACGUCGGCCAGAGUCGCCGGAGGAAGAGAAGUCCGGUGGCCGUUCAAGCUAAUCAUAACGAUCGAGGUCGGAGUCGGUAUGGUGGUCGAUCCACGGUGGCGAAAAGUGCGGGCGCAAAACUUGUUAUGGGCCAGGUUAAGAUCCUCAAGCGAGGGGAAAGGUUGAGUUCGGAGGACGACCACUCGCAAGCGGUUGCUGUUUCAUCAAACAACCAGAAAAUGCCCAAGAGCGACGAAGGUUUUGAUUUGGUUUUGGGAUCGACUGAUCGGUUGGGUCCGGACCCGGAAAUGGUGCAGAAACAGAUUAGGAUUUCGGAUUUGAAGGACGGAAUCUAUGCCGGAUCCGCUUUUGCUGCGUCACCGCCUCCGAGUUCAUUGCCGGUACCGGGAUUUCUAGGGAAGAACGGGGCAGCCACCAGCGACUUGAGGCGGUUGCUAAGGCUUGAUUUGGUAUGAGAAGGGGCUGUGAGGCUUAUGAUCGGCGGAGAAUGAAGUUUCUAGUGGUGAUUGAUGAUUGUUUGACGGAUGAUAGGAUUUCGGUUCUUCCUUCCUACGUAGAUGGUCGUUCGCAUAAUCUCAACGAGCUUCCUUUAUUUUUUCAAGAGGUUGGCUGUGGGAUGCGAGCAAAUGAGCAAUUGAUCGAAGCUAUGCCUAGACAUGCUUGCAGUGACGAGAAUUUGUUAUUUAGUUUCUGAAAGAGGGCUUACUCUAUUCAGUUAGAUAGUAUUAGUGCACUUAAGGACGGAAGGUUCGACUUUCGAGGCUAUAAAUGUCUUGUAAAUUCAUGUGCUCUUUAAAAGUACAACAUGGUGGAUUUACGUUGUGUCCGUAGGAUGCGUGCGUAUGCUGGCCUUUAGAUCUUGUGGAAGAAGGAAGUGUACUUAGUGUUGGUUCGUUUCUUUCAGGUGUUUGUUUCGUCUUGUUGUCUAUUUCUUCUUGAUGUAGUUCUGAAUCUUGAUGCAAUAAGAUCCCUAUAGUUAGCUUUCUGCACUGGA